AUUUUCUUGACGUAAAAUCGACCAAUCGAAAGCGGCAAAUCGUACGCCGGAAAACCCAGCGCCAGCCAAUGAGCAGUUAGAGCAUUCAGCAGGUUAAGGUGUACGGCGUUCCGCCCUUCUCCUCUUUGUGAUCAACGCUGCGUGUGUUACCGAAGCGGAUUAUAAACACUUAUUGAAGAUGCAAGGAAACAGAGGACCACGUUCAGAGCAGCAGAAUCACGGCCCACCCCGACAGCAGCCCAACCCCCAACAAGACCAGCAGAGGAAGCCCCCAGGAGCCGACAGCAAUGGACAACACACUGAUGCUGGAGAGCAGAGUAGCCCGAAUGCUGCUUUCACUAUAGACCUGCCGAAUUUCAGGAAGCCGGGAGAGAAAACGUACACACAGAGGAGUCGGCUGUUCGUGGGGAACCUUCCCACUGGAACCACAGAGGAUGAUGUGGAAAAGCUCUUCUCCAAGUAUGGAAAACCUUCCGAGAUCUUCAUCAACAAGGAACGUGGCUUUGGCUUCAUCAGGCUGGAAACGAAGACGCUUGCGGACAUAGCUAAAGCAGAACUGGACGACGCCGUCUUCCGUGGUCGCCAGAUCCGUGUGCGUUUUGCCACACAUGGCGCUGCACUGACGGUUAAGAACCUGCCUCAGUUUGUGUCCAAUGAGCUCCUGGAGGAGGCCUUCUCCAUGUUCGGUCCAAUCGAACGGGCCAUUGUCAUUGUCGAUGACCGUGGCAGGCCAACUGGGAAGGGCAUUGUGGAGUUUGCCAACAAACCGUCCGCUAGAAAAGCUCUGGACCGUUGCGGAGAUGGAGCCUUUCUUCUCACGGCAUUCCCCCGGCCUGUUACCGUUGAGCCGAUGGAGCAGCUUGAUGAUGAUGAGGGACUUCCUGAAAGACUUAUUAAUAAAAACCCGAUAUAUCACAAAGAACGUGAGCAGCCGCCCCGGUUUGCCCAGCCAGGUUCAUUUGAGUACGAGUAUGCGAUGCGCUGGAAGGCCUUAAUGGAAAUGGAAAAGCAGCAGUUCGACCAGGUUGAUCGAAACAUCAAAGAAGCUCAAGAGAAGCUGGAGACCGAAAUGGAAGCCGCACGUCAUGAGCACCAAGUCAUGCUGAUGAGACAAGAUCUCUUGCGCAGACAGGAAGAGUUGAGGAGAAUGGAGGAGGCUCAUAGCCAGGAGGUGCAGAAACGGAAACAGAUGGAGCUGCGUCAGGAGGAGGAGCGACGAAGGAGAGAGGAGGAGCUCCGUGCCCACUCCGAGGAACUGAUGAGGCGGCAGCAGGGGCAGGGAGGAAACUUCCCUGAGAAAAGGGAUCCAGAUAUGAGGAUGCAAAUGGGAGGUCAGGGAAUGGCUAUGAACAGGAGCCCGAUGGGUGGAAAUCCCACAGCAGCAGGAGCUGCCGGCAUGGCUUCCAGUGAGCAGGGGUCUGCCGGUAAUCCAGGUGGUCUUCCUCUUCCUUUCCCUCGUUCUGGAGCUAUGGACUUUGGCCCCAACAAACGCCGCAGAUUCUAGAAGACCAGCCAAAUGUCUUUCCUUUUUGUUUUGUUUUUUUUUACACACUGUAAAAUAUUUUUAAGUGCAGAUUGUGGUUUCGUAGAGCCUGGGUAUGCAUUUCAUUUCACAAAUGAGUUUGUGUAGGCAAAUGUUUUAAACAGGUUAAAAGUAUAGGUUUUAAGUUGCUCUGUGUGAUCUCCCAUCUCCAGCAGGAGCCUUAAGGGAUGUUUCCUGAAACUGAUUGAGCCCAGUUCUGGGGUAAAAGACCUUUAUGCUUAUGAUUUCUUACUGAAGAGUCUUCAUCUAGGGAUGAUGAUUUAUCUGUAUGGAAAGAACUUCAGGGUGGUCAUUCAGCUCUGUAUAGCCCUAUUUUCUUCUUCUUUUUUUAUUAUUAAUUCCUUUUCUAAAGUAUAGAUUAGCCUUUGUCCGUCUUGUCCUCUGCAAUGCUUGCCUUUCUAGUCAACUUUCAAAUAAAUUCACAACUACAUGUUACAUACA